UUCUUAUAGGUCCUUGUCCAUAUUUUUUUUAACUUGCCAUAGGUAUGAGUAAUGAGCUAUGUUUGAAGGCCAGCCAUUAUUUGUAUUAUAGUCAUUAAUGGUUUUCUGUACUGGGGAAAAAAUCUGAUCCAUAAUUCUCCACGCAUGCAGCAGUAUAUAAUUUUUGGUCAGAUUGAUAUACUGAGCCUCCCAUUCCUUUUUUUAUGUUGUUAUAUUUUAAAAAGAAUAACAGUGCCUUCUGCAUUGGUAGGCAGUGUUGUGAACUCCAGAGAUUUUUAUCCCAAAUCUCAUAAUAUUUGGUGAUUUUCCUAAUGCUUCAGUUUCCAGUCAUGAGAUUAUAUGAAAAUCUCAGCUUUCUUUUUUCCAAAAAAAAAAAAAAAAAGCUUCUAGCUCUUAUGAUUAUGGAAAAAAAACUUGAAAACAUGAACUCUAGAGGUUAGAAACCAAAAGGCAAAUGAAAAGAACCCAACAUUUACUUAUUUUUAAAAAAGCAUAAUUCUUAAGUCAUUCUCAUGGUCUUUUGAGGCCUGAAAUGAUUUUUGAACUCUCGGCUUGGCAAUACUGGGUAAACUCUUUGAACUAUACUUACAAAAUUAUGAAAAAUGUUCUUCAUGUAGCAUUACUGUUUCACAGCUCUCUGGAUAUUCAAGCCAUUUUAUUCAGUAAGGAUAAAAUUCACCCCUGUGCAGAGGGCCAAUACAAGGCCUAUGCCUAACUUAAAUCCUACAUAAGUGCUCAAAAUUGAACUGUGUGUUCACAAAGGCACGUAUCGUGGUAUAAAUUAAAGUCCAUCCUGAAUACAUUUAUUCUUCAAAGAUUUAUGUUCUUCAUAAUCUAGUGUAAUAGGUACACUGUAAAUUAGCAGAGAUGAGUUGUCUCGCAUCUUUAUUUUAAUUUUUUAAUUUUUAUUAAACCUUCAGCACGUGUUUUUGUGAAUUGAUAUAGAUACUUUGUGUAUGCUUCCUUGUGCUGUCUCAUCAGCUCCUAUCUCAUCUUUCAAGGUUAGCAGGGUCUGGAUGGGUCAUUCCUUGGAUAGGCAAGACCUUCAUUUAAUAGAUAAUGUGGUCAACGGUGUUGGAAAUCAUGGUUCAGUAAGUUGGAACUCAAUACCUUAAGUUAGUACUGAACCAAUACCUUAUCAUGGUGUUAGAGAGCACCAUGCUUCAAUAGCUGCUGUCUUACAGUAUUGACGUUGCCAAGAGCAAUAGGAUGAAUAUACAGUUCAUGAAUAAUCUUUUCAGAUAUGCUUGAAAUGAUAGGUGUAUUAUAUAGAUGUUUAAUUUCCCACAAUUUCAUGGUGUCCUUAACUGUAUCAGAAUAACGGUUGCAUCUUUCCAUAUGGUAGGUAUUUAUUAGUUUUAUAUCCAACUAUAUUUUUAUACAGGAAGGUGACAGAGCAGGGAUAAAUGCCAAGAAGAAGUCCUGAUUCUGCCCUUAAAUGCACACAGCUCCAGUUGGUGUGCAUCAGAGCUAUAAGGAGGACCUGCAAGAAAAUGCAAGUACAAUUCAUGUUGUGCAUAGAUUGAAGGUGAAAGAAUGGCAAAUACAUCAUUAUGUGCUUCUGAUACAGCAGUAUCUCAAAAUCUUCAGAAAGUAUCCAGUUUUGUGGAAACUAAAACCACACAUUGCUCAUUUUCCAUUGAAAGCAUUUUGGGAUUAGAACAGAAAAAAGAUGUCAUUCCAGCUGCGAAACCUCACAGACCAUGGAUGGAUACAUGCAACAAUUUAGGAGAAGACACUAGUCAGUGUCUGCAGACCCCUGUCAUUUCCUGUGAAGGGCCAUUAUUUCAUGUUCACAGUUACCCGAUGCUGGACGAAAGAGUUCUGAAAUGUGAAAAAUAUUUUUCAGCCACUGAAAGGCUAUCUUACAAAAGGGAACUGAGUUGGUACAGGGGUAGGAGACCAAGAACUGCUUUCACUAGAAACCAGAUUGAUGUGCUGGAAAAUGUUUUUAGAAUGAACUCCUAUCCUGGCAUUGACAUUAGAGAAGAACUAGCUCACAAACUAGAUUUAGAUGAAGACAGGAUCCAGAUCUGGUUCCAGAAUCGCCGUGCAAAGCUGAAAAGAUCCCACAGAGAAUCUCAGUUUAUAAUGGUGAAAAACACUUUAACCUCUAACCUUCUGGAAUAGGAAGAAGCCAGCUAGUUCACCAUUAUUCUACCACAGUAGAAAAUGAAGAAUUAUUGAAACUUCAUAAUUUGCAUUAUUAAGCAAUAAUAAUGUAAUAUUUGUACUUUGCUAUUUGCAUCUAGUUUUGAAAGAUGACCAUGAUUUUCAUUAGAAUAAACUGUAAAUACUUCAUUAAGACAUGCCUCAUAUUACAAUUGCACUUUUUGUAAAAAAAUGUUUUCCAUAUAUUUUAAUAAAUAUUUUCAGAAACAUGUAAGAUAUUUUUGAAGAUAAACUAUGAUACACUAGAUCCUGAGCUGAUGUAAAUCUGAAAAAUUUACUUGAAGACAAUGGAGCUACACCAAUUUAUACCAGUUGAGGAUUUGGUCCUGUGUUUUUACUGAUUUCAGACAAAUCUGCAGGAAUACAUGAAAAAAAUGACUGAAUUUUUUUUUGUUUAAUAAAGCUUCAGAUAUUUUAAAGGUAGAAGUAAAAAAUCAUCUAAAGUACACAUUUAUGCAAAAAUGCUACUGCUGUUACAGCAAAUUUAGCUUAGGUAUUUUACUGGAAUUAAAUAGAUUUUCAAUGUUAGCAGUAUGGAGCUUAAAUUUUAAAAAAUGGUACUAUAUACUUGUUUUUAUGAGACAUGUGCUAGCUAUCUACAAAUGAAAAACCUAGAGAACAGUAACAAUGUGUGGCAUUUGUAUUUUAGCUAAACCAAUUAAACUGAAAAGCAAUUUAAAAUGUCA